AUGAAGAAGAUCGAAAGCUUGGGCAAGCUCAAAAAGAAAUGGGAAGAUAAUCUUGAUGAAGUGAUUCAAUUCUGGUCGAAGAAUUCCAUUGACGAAGAGUAUGGUGGCUAUUUUACCUGUAUCGACGCGAAAGGCACUGUACUUGACAAAACAAAAAUAGUUCUGACUUUCUCUAUUCCAGAAAAAGAGCCAACCAAACAGGGUCGUCAAGUGUGGACUUUCUCAAGACUUUAUAUCGAUUCAGGCAACAUGGACUUCUUUGCCGUCGCUUAUACUGGCUACAAAUUCAUGCACAAAGCAAAGGCCGCCGACGGAACUUUGUUUUUUUCAACGACUCAAUCUGGAGAGCAUUUGCAUUUUCAGCGCAAGCCUUACGCUGCGGUUUUCUAUUCAAUGGGUCUCUUAGAGUUCUCCAAGGCAGUUUUGAAGCUGCCAAAGGAUCAUGAAAUGAAGUCCAAACUUGAUGCGAAGAAGAUAAAGGCGGAAGCUGAAGUUUACUAUGAUAAACUUCGAGCUUGGAUGGCGGAUCCGACCCUCAUCGGAGGCCAGGCAGCGGAUCGAAAUACAAGCAAAUUGGGCGAUGUUAUGUGCAUUUGUGGACUUGCUGUUGAUUUCUAUGAGGACGAAACUGAUGAGACCAAAAAGUCCAAAUACAUGGACAUCAUGAAGGAUGCAGCGAAAACGGCAAAGCUUCAUUACUCGACAGAGCAUAAAGUUUUCAUGGAAAACGCACUCCUUGAAAAAGGACUGGAUUUUUCCACUCCAGCUGGGCGAUUGUGUAAUCCAGGCCAUUCAAUUGAGGUGUCCUGGUUCUUGCUUCAUCUGAACAAGUAUAUUCACGAUGAAAGACUUCAAGUAAUCGCCCUUGAAGGCCUCUUAGGGACUCUAGACUUAGGCUACGACAAGAAACAUGGAGGCAUAACCUACAUGCUUGAUAUUCUCAACAUGCCAUUGAUGGAUGCAACUGUAACAGCUGAGAAUAAACUCUGGUGGCCGAUGUCUGAAGCUCUUUACGCAACAAUUCUAGCUUUUGAGCACACAAAUGAUACAGUGUUUUACGAUUGGUGCUUGAAAUUGUGGGAAUGCAUCGAAGACAAGUUCAUCGAUAAAGUCAACGGAGGUGAUUGGUUUGGCUAUCUUCGAAAAGAUUGCACCGUCUUUAACCAGCUAAAGGGUGGCAACUACAAGGGAUGCUUUCAUGUUCCACGAGCGCUGAUUUACUCAAUUUCCUCUGCUGAUCGAAUUAUCAAAGCUUCGCAAUAA